AAAGCCCCCUCAUCUUCUCUCCUUCACAUUCAUAUGUUUUCUUUUCCACUUUUUUUGUUUUUGUUUUUGUUGGGGUUUUCACUUUUUUCAUAAAUUCUUUUGCCAUCCAACCAUAAAUGCAUUUCUCUCAUAUAUUUUGCUUUUCCUUUACUGUUCUCUUUUCUCUUCUCUCUCUCAACACCACCCACCCCAAAUCAAGAACCUCACCUCUCUCUCUUUCUCUCUCUCCAUCUUUAGCAUAGAUUUCCUCCAUUGCAAACCAAGCUUCCACCUUUACAGCUUUCUGAGGUCCCUAGUGCUUACACAUUCACAUUACCCACCAACCCAUUUUUACCCACCAUUAAAAUAAACUUUUUUUUCUCUCUCUCUGCAUUUGGCCUUACAAAGAUUAGAUUUUUGUCUGGCCGCAGUUUAUUCCCUGUGGUCCACUUCAGCCAAACACCCUUUAGUUUUUUCUCUUGGCUUUUGUGGGGUUCUUUAGUUUUCCUUUCUGCAUUGGCAUAUCUAUGCGUUUUGAGUCUCUGUUGGUUCAAAAAGAGGCAUUUCCUUUGCUUCUCAAAGAAGAAGAUCAAGGGGGUUAAUUAACUCUGGUUUCUAUAGAUCACUUUGUGUAAAGUGACCUAAAUUGUUAGUGGGAUACAGGAGGCAAUGGAGUAAAUCUGACUCUGCAAUUUGAAGGACAAAGCAGAAUUUGUGGAAAUGUCUUCUGGGGACUUAAACAGUGAAUUGUCUAAAAAGACAUCAUUUUUAGGUCUCAAAUUAUGGGUUGUGAUGGGCUUAUGUGUUGGUGUAUUUAUCGUUGGGAUACUCUGUAUGUUGUCAAUAUGGAUAACGUGUAGGAGAAAAUCUAGGAGAACACUGGACGGGUAUUCACAUUGCCAAAUACCCAAUGUUUCCAAGGAUAUCAAGGUUGAUAGAGUUGGCGCUGCAAAUGUUCACGAUCAUCCUCAAAGCUUAUUUCUGACUAUUAAUGAUAAAUCAAAUGAAACGACAUCGGAAAAGAUGUUAGUCCAUUUGGGUAGGAGCAAAUCAAGUGAUGCUGAUAAUAUCAGCCAAUGCAGUUCAAUAUAUCAUAACGAAAGGGCUUUUAGUUCGCAGUCAGGGGAAGAGGGGAGUUCAGGGACAGUGAGGAAACAACCAUCCUAUGGAAUUGCAAUGCCUUCUCCUUUGAUUGGCUUGCCAGAGAUCUCACAGCUCGGGUGGGGCCACUGGUUCACGCUUAGAGAUCUUGAACUUGCAACAAGUCGUUUCUCUGCAGAGAAUGUGCUUGGUGAAGGUGGAUAUGGUGUAGUUUAUAAGGGCAGGUUGAUCAAUGGGACAGAAGUAGCUGUGAAGAAGCUCCUAAAUAAUCUCGGCCAAGCGGAGAAAGAAUUUCGCGUUGAAGUAGAAGCAAUUGGUCAUGUUAGACACAAGAAUCUAGUGCGUCUUCUUGGCUAUUGCAUUGAAGGUGUUCACAGGAUGCUGGUUUACGAGUACGUCAAUAAUGGAAACUUGGAGCAGUGGCUGCAUGGCGCUAUGAGACAAUAUGGUACUCUUACAUGGGAAGCCCGUAUGAAGGUCCUCCUUGGUACUGCAAAAGCGCUUGCUUACUUGCAUGAGGCCAUAGAACCUAAAGUAGUCCACCGAGACAUAAAGUCUAGUAAUAUCUUGAUUGAUGACGAGUUCAACGCCAAGGUCUCUGAUUUUGGAUUGGCAAAACUCUUGGACUCAGGAGAGAGCCACAUAACCACCAGAGUCAUGGGUACAUUUGGCUAUGUGGCUCCAGAAUAUGCUAAUACUGGAAUGUUAAAUGAGAAGAGCGAUAUUUACAGUUUUGGUGUUCUAGUGCUAGAAGCAGUCACUGGUAGAGAUCCUGUGGACUACAGCCGUCCUGCUAGUGAGGUUAAUCUUGUUGAAUGGCUCAAAAUGAUGGUCGGAAAUAGGAGGGCCGAGGAAGUUGUGGAUCCUAACCUUGAAGUUAGGCCUGGUACUCGUGCUUUAAAACGGGCGCUUCUGGUCGCACUGAGAUGUGUUGAUCCGGACUCAGAGAAGCGACCCAGAAUGAGCCAAGUAGUUCGAAUGCUUGAAACUGAAGAACUUCCUUAUCGCGAGGACCGAAGAAACAGAAGAAGUAGAACAGCGAGCAUGGAAAUAGAAUCAGUGAAGGAGAGUUGUUGCAGCUCAGCUGAGGUGGGGAGAGCAGAUAGCAGUACAUCUGAUACAAUUCUUGGAUAGGAACACUGACACAAAGGCACAUGACUCUUAAGUGGAAUGUAUAAUUGCAUCUUAACCCCACACACCAACCCCACAUUGAGAUUUAAAAGCUUUUUCAGUAACCCAAUGAAGGAUUUUCGAAGUUGGUUUCUGGAAAAGAUUCCUCUGAAUGACAGACGGAUUGAAUUUAUGAUAGGUCGGCCCACUUGGUAUUUCAACCAUUGGCUCUUCUUUCAGUGCUUCUCUUGGCAGUUUGUUGCAUCAAAAUUUGAGGAGUUGUUGCUGUGUCAUAAUACUAGUAGAGAGAGAUAGAGAGAAUAGAGAGAGAGAGAUUGUUGAUGUACAGAUAUAUAUUUUGAGGAUUAUGUGUUGUCCUUUCUAAAUACAUUUUGAUCAUCAUUCUUGUCU